GUGACGUGAAGUUUGCGGAAGUACAAAAGCCGAAUUAAAGCCAGCUUUUUAGAUUUCAGAGCUUUUAUUAGUGACUUAAAUAAACCGGUUUAAUGGCUGCACUAAAAUACGCAGGAAUGGACGAUACUGACAGUGAGGAUGAGCUUCCUCCAGGCUGGGAGGAGAGAAGCACAAAGGACGGCUGGGUUUAUUAUGCUAAUCAUGACGAGAUGAAGACACAGUGGGAACAUCCUAAAACUGGGAAGAAGAAACGCUGUGCAGGAGAUCUUCCUUAUGGAUGGGAGCAGGAGAUGGAUGACAUGGGUCAGAUGUUCUAUGUUGAUCACAUCAAUAAGAGGAAGACGUACUUUGAUCCUCGGCAGGCCUUCACCGUAGAGGAUGUACAGGUGAAGCCUAAGCGCUAUGAUGGCAAUACUGCAGCGCUGGAGAUCCUCCAAGGUCACGAUCUUUCUGACAAGGUCAUAAUCGUUACAGGGGGCAAUUCUGGUAUCGGUUUUGAGACAGCGAGGUCGUUUGCCCUUCAUGGUGCCCAUGUGAUCUUAGCCUGCCGGAACAGCGCUCGCAGCAGUAAAGCAGUUAACCGGAUCCUAGAGGAGUGGCACAAAGCUCGUGUUGAAGCCAUGAUGCUGGACUUGGCAUCAUUGAGAAGUGUCCGAGAGUUUUCAGAGGCCUUCAAAGCAAAGAAACUGCCCCUACACAUCCUGGUGUGUAAUGCGGCGGUGUGUACGCAGCCAUGGUGUUUGACGGAGGACGGCUUGGAGUCUACCUUCCAGACCUGCCAUCUGGGCCAUUUCUUCCUGGUGCAGCUGCUGCAGAACGUUCUGCGGCGUUCAGCUCCUGCCCGUGUGGUUGUGCUGUCCUCUGAAUCUCACAGGUUCACGGAUCUGGUGGACUCUUGUGGAAAGGUGGAUCUGGCUCUGCUCUCACCACCUAAGAAGGAGUACUGGUCCAUGCUGGCCUACAACAGGGCUAAACUCUGCAACAUCCUCUUCUCCAGUGAGCUGCACCGUCGCCUCUCUCCUCACGGAGUCACUUCCAACGCCGUGCACCCUGGGAACAUGAUGUAUACAUCCAUCCACCGCAGCUGGUGGCUCAUGACCUUCCUUUUCAAUCUGGCACGUCCCUUCACCAAGUCCAUGCAACAAGGUGCAGCCACUACGGUGUACUGUGCUGUGGCUCCGGAGCUGGAAGGCCUGGGUGGGAUGUACUUCAACAACUGUUUCCGCUGUUUGCCGUCAGCGCAGGCCCAGGACCCGUCCAGUGCCCUCAGCCUGUGGGAGCUCAGCGAGAGGCUGGUGCAGGAGCGGUCCGGUGGCCCUCAGGCACUGUGACCAGGACAUAAUCCCUCAGCUCGGCACGGCUUACCAUCGCGGCUCAACCGUCACCACAACUGAUUGUUUCUUCACCAUGCACGAGGAGGGCUGAGAUAAUAAAGAGCAGAAAAAGGAAAGGGAAUUUAUAGUAAGCAGGCAGUGCCGGAGACCAAGAGUGCAGUCUGCUAGACUGAUGGAUGGAAGCAAAGAGAGAGAAAGAGCGAGAGAGAUUUGUACUGUUUCUUAUUUGCAAGUCCCGGGCCACGUGGGUUUCUCAUCUUUCUUCUGUAAGGUGAUUGAUUAGAGCUACUGCUAGAACACUGUACACGUUUCUCUAAUCGACAACUAACACCAAGUUUUCUAGCUAGGGGUGUUGAAAAAGAAAAUGUGUGUAUUAAAGUGGGUUCUCUUAGUGAACUCAACACAAAAUUCAUCUAAAAUAUCAGGACUUAAAAUGGUCAUUAUUGCCCAUCCGUCUGUACAAAUCAACAUGAACGAGUAAAUGCUGUACCAAAGGUGCAGAGACGAUGAAGAGGAAGCAGACGUACGCUGUCUAUUUACAUAUACAACCACUGAAAAGGACUGGUCUGUAUACAGUAGAUAUGCUGUACAUAAUAUACACAGAGUGCUGUUCUACUUCACAUAUGUUUCUGAAUAAUUCUUCUAAUUUGUGACUCCAUCUGCCCAAAGACUUCAGAUACAGUCUACAGUGAACGUUUACAAAAUUCUGUUAUGUUAAUGCUAGUUACAAUGAAGCAGCAUCUUUAAGGACGACAGGAGGACCAGUGCUGGCUGAAGGGAAGAGUCUCACAGUCAUAAGAAAUUUCAGGUGGAACUUUCCUCUCAAACUCCUUUUUUCUUGUCCUUUUAUGUUUGUGAAUGUUUGGAAAGCAUUUUCCCUGUAAAAGGUGGUCUUCGUUUGCUGACAACCAACUUUAGAAGAAAGAAAAAUUCAGCAGAAGAAGAGAAGGUGGCAAAGACUGAAGAAUGGCACCAGCUCUAUUUUUCCCUCUCCGUUUUCCUCCUUUUCUCUUCCUUUCUUUGCAGGUUGACUGUUGUGCUUUGGGGCAGUCUUGGUGCCAUGGGUCAGUCUGAGCUAGAAGCAUUCCAGUGUUGUGGGACCUGUAAAGAAAUGAAAGAGAGGAGACAGAGAAACAAAUAAAGAUUCAUUGUUUGAUUCCU